AGAGAGAGAGAGAGAGAGAGAGAGAGAGAGAGAGAGAGAGAGAGAGAGAGAGAGUUAACAUAGAGGGGCGAGAGGGAGAGAUACCCAGAGAGUGACUGAAAGAGAGAGCCACAGGAUCCAAAUCCACAGUCGGGGUUGUCGGUGUGUGCAGUGUUGCACGAUGUAUACUCAGGCUCUCGUCAGGCAAGAGUUUCUUUCAUGUUUUUUCUCUUCUGAUUUAUUUUUUCUCUUUUAAAUUAUCAGUGAAGCAUGUCACUGGCUCUACUCCUGUCUUUGUUCGUUUAUUUUGGAUCCGUUCAUUCGCAGAGGACUCAUCAUCAUAUCAGGGACACUCGAUGGGAGGAUCGCAUCUCUUGUUUUGCGUCAGAUUGCACAGCAGAGCAGAUAACGUUACAGUAUAAAGCGGAGGUGAAGUGCUGACUGAAGACAGCGCUGCUCGUUGUCUAUAUUUGGCUGCUGUGUUUGGCACUGUGAGCUUGACUGUCGGCUUUGCUGUGCCUUUAAACACUGAGAGGAACGGAAGAGAGGAGAGGCUUUCCCCAUCAGGUGAAUCACAGUUCGCCACUGAAUUCAUUUCACUGAUCAGAGGGGAGGAAGGAGGGAGGAAGGAUGGAGGGGGGCAUCCAGAUGUGAGAAUAAUCCAAAAGAGGAGCAGGAUCUAGAUCUGCUGGUCGAUGCAUCUUCGUUUUUUGAUAUAAUUCCAUUUCAUCCAUUUUACAUCACGGAUAGAAGAGGAAAGGAGGGAGAUCAAAAGGAGCAGGAACACCAGGGUGACACUGCUGUGUGGGGAGAGGGAGGAGGGGAGUGGGUUGGAGGGGGACCCGUGGUUGGGAGACAAAAAUGCUGCCUUCACAGGAAGCCUCCAAAAUCUACCAUGACAACUACAUGCGCAACUCCAGGAGCAUCGGUGUCCUGUGGGCCAUAUUCACCAUUUGCUUGGCCAUCAUCAACGUGGUGGUCUUCAUCGAGCCCUACUGGAUUGGUGACAGUGUCAGCACCCCCCAGGCUGGCUACUUUGGCUUGUUCAACUAUUGCGUGGGCAAUGGGAAGGUCAACAGGGAGAUCUUGUGCCAGGGCAGCUUCUAUGACUUCAGCUCCAUCCCGUCGGGAGCCUUCAAGGUGGCCUCCGUCUUUGUGCUGAUGUCCAUGGUGCUCAUCCUCAGCUGCAUCGGCUCCUUCACUCUCUUCUUCUUCUGCAACACCGCCCUGGUCUACAAGACGUGUGCCUGGACGCAGCUGCUUUGUGCUGUUUGUCUGGUGCUCGGCUGUGUGAUCUUCCCGAACGGCUGGGACGCAGAAGUGAUCCGGGACAUGUGCGGAGAGGAAACGGGAAGGUAUACUCUGGGCAACUGUUCGGUGCGCUGGGCCUACAUCCUCGCCAUCAUCGGGAUCCUGGACGCCCUCGUCCUCUCCUUCCUGGCCUUUGUGCUGGGGAACCGUCAGAGUGAGUUCGUGCAGGAGGAGCUGAAGGCCGACAGCAGAGACUAUGCUGUAUCAAGGAUUAUAAUCCGGGACACCCGGGAUGCAAGAUAUGGAAUCCAGCGCUUCCACUGAGUCACAUUUCCUCUCCUCCUCUUUCAGCUCCCUCUCUCCUAUCCCUCCCUCCAUUCCUCCCUCUGUCCUACUCCUCCUCUUUUCUCCUCAGGUUAAAAACCUUUGGGCUUUGAGACCAAAGUCCAGCAGUUUGUCAUAUUAAUCUGAAAUGUAAUAGUUUAACAUCGAGGAAACAUGACGAGUAUCAGAGUCUGUGAUACUGGAGUCAGGAGGUGAUCAUUUCAAAGAUGAGCUGUUACUGGCAAUGAAGAUUAGGGUGUUGCUAAAAAUGAUAAUAAUGCAUGCAGGAGGAGUAUUUUAUUAAUUGUAUUUUAAUGAGAGGAAAUAAGCUUUUUCCAGCUUUUCAAAGUAAAUAUGUUGUGUAACAGACCACAGGUGCUACUUCUCACAGAACCAAGGAAAAGAUGAUUUUGUAAAGUUACUUUGAGUUUUUCUGCUUCUCUUUGUAUUUGACGAUGUCUGAUCCCAGGAGCAACCAACAUUGAACAUGUAUGUAAAUGAGAGGUUUCUAUGGAAACAGCACUUUUUGACCCUAUACAUGAAAAAGCCAUGUAAACUGUGAAAUUCUGAAACUUGCUUUACUGUCCUGUCGUCUGUCUUUGUGAUUGUCAGCUUCCUCUCUUUGCUAUUCUUCUGUUUUGCAAUGAGGAAAUAUAAUUUGUAUUUGUUCAGUCGCUUAUUUGGUUGUUAUUUUGCAUUAUAUAGUUAUUAGUAUCAUUAUUGUUUUCAAUAGUGGCUGAGGUGCACAUGGAUGAAAGGUGAUGAACGGGUGGGCAGGGAUACGACGGAGAGGCAUCUGAAAGGGCUAAUGUUUUUUGAGUUUUUUUCUACCAGGGCAAGAGACAUACCAUUGUUCUUCAUUUCAUUUGCUUUGCACAAUAAACCUCACCAGAACACAAGGCUCACCUGGACAUUGGACUCUUGGAUUUUGAUCUUUUCCUCGCAUAAGAUUCUUUUCCCAGGAGCCUCAUUGGCCUCAGUUUGAAUUCGAGUUUUUGGGGUUUAGAGUUCGAGUUGAAUUCUUCCUCUUUUGAGGACAAAUUAACCUCUUCAGCCCAGACUACACUGACGACCAAACAAGCUGAGAGGCAGAGAGAUGUCCUCCAUGUCCCAACAGUUCACGUCUCACUGCAUUCUGUCUUUCUCUUUGUUGACUGAAGUUUGUCCCCCAGCCGUCCCUUCUCUAGUUGUGUUGAGUUCUUCUCCAGUGGGCUGGGUUUGGUUCAGGACGAGCCCUGCGUGCUGCGUCUCUCUCAGGCUUGUGAAAACGAGGCUUCCUGUUUAAGCUCAGAGGGACUCACAGUCUGUUCAGUUCAUCAGUCCACAACUCAGAUGUGAGCGACAGAGCCAGCAGAGACUCAUUACGACUACACACACCAUGCACUGUGCUGCUGCUCUGCAGGGAUUCUCACAGGACGCUUCUCUGACAAGAGAUGAGUGUUUUCAAUUUCUGAACUUGACCGAAAUGUGAUUGAUUCAGAAUGAGCUCUGAAAAACUCACUUGGAGAAUAAAAAGCAGUUCAAGUCAGAGAGAGGGCUGCAGUAUUCACCCCAGUAUUCACCCCAGUAUUCAAACUCUCAGUACAACUGGACUAACCAGCACCACAGAUAUCCCUUUUCCACCAAGGCAGUUCCAGGGCCGGUUUUGAAGCAAAUACCUCAUCUCCAACCAGUUCUUUGUGUUUCGACACCCAAAGAACUGCCUCUCCACCAGAAAAACUGGUUCCAGUGUGGCAGCAGCUCUACAAGAAAGAACCACCUCUGUCAGAGGCUGGGGGCGGGAUUAAUGUGACCAACAAGACCAACCAAAACUCUGCUGUGACCUCAAAUUUAAAAAAUCAGUGAGCUCGAACAACCUACUGUCACAACAAUGGAUGCCCAAAGGAAGCAAAUUGUCGGAUGUUGGCAGCAGUAACUUGUUGCAACAAACCUGGCAGCUGUGUCUGCAUUCUGUUAUUUUACCAAGCAAUAUUUUUUUGUUCAGUCUAGAGAAAAAACUCCAACUUAUUAUUUUUAGGGCUCAGAGUUUUAGCUCCAUUCACAGAAUAACGUGUUUUGACAUAAAGGAUGUAGCUGUGCUUUAAUACCAGGUCUGCUUUUUGCUACACGGUCGACUGGAAUCUGGAGCAGAAUAUUUUUUGGGGUAAAUUUUCAUGAAUGUUUUAUUGCAUAUUUUUCAUUUGUGUCAGCAGUGUCUCUCCUGGUUGGUGUGAUCAUGCGUUCAGUGACAUUUGAUUCAUGAAUGAAUGAAUGAAUAAAUAAAAUGAAUGAAUGAAUGAAUGGGGCUCACUCACCUCCAUAUUAACAAAUAGUCUCUUCCUUCAUUUUUUGUGUCAAAUCGAGACGUGGAAACUGUAGUUUUACAUAUAUUUCACCUCCUAUCAGUCUCUUCUUCCUUUUCUCGUUCUACAUUUUCUUAUUAUGGGAUGCUGUGAUGUGAAAAAAGUUAUGUUCGUGUAGGGUUGUCAUGGCAGCCGGUUCCCUGUUUUAUCAAUGUUGUUUUAAAGUUAAUAAACUCAUUGACUAUUAAA